UCUCCCGUACUCUUGGGUAGGCCCAGCCAAUCCUGAGAGGCCUUCCAUGGUGCAUCGUUCUUCCAAUAGCCGCCCGGGAAACUGCCCGGGCGAGCGAAGGCUGAAGCCCACAGGAAGGACUGGCAAGAGUUACCUCGUCCGCGCAUGUGUACUAGCCUUCAGCCAGCAAAAAGCAAUGGCUUCAUUUAUGCUCCCGGCCUUGCAUAUUACGUAAAGCAUCGUAUUCCUUAUUCCUGGCUCUCGUACCAUGCUAUUCUACAAACGGGGAAAGCGAGGCUCGGAAGUUGGAAACAAUUACCGCAGGAUAUAAAUAAAAACUGAAGCAAGUUAUUGUCGAACCUCGGCGCAGAGAGCCGAGAACAAAGCCCCAGGGAGACAGUACGUGUGCGUAGCUCCGCCCCUCCUUUGGCGAAGCAACUAGGCUUCUUGACCCUUCCCGCGACCGGUCGCGCGGCGGAGCAAGUGCGGAAGGCUGGCUUGGCGGGCAGUGUGUAGCUAUGGAACCAGACGGGACCUACGAGCCGGGUUUCGUGGGUAUUCGAUUCUGCCAGGAAUGUAACAACAUGCUUUACCCCAAGGAGGACAAGGAGAACCGCAUUCUGCUCUACGCGUGCCGGAAUUGUGAUUACCAGCAGGAAGCCGACAACAGUUGCAUCUAUGUCAACAAGAUCACGCACGAAGUGGACGAACUGACCCAGAUUAUCGCUGACGUGUCCCAGGACCCCACGUUGCCGCGGACCGAGGACCACCCGUGCCAAAAGUGUGGCCACAAGGAGGCGGUGUUCUUCCAGUCACAUAGUGCCCGGGCCGAGGUGAGCGGCAGGAGGAAGGCUUUCUGCGUGUCCCAGGGACGCCAUGCGCUUGUACUAUGUGUGCACGGCCCCACACUGUGGCCACCGCUGGACCGAGUGAACUGUCCGCUCCUGUGUGUAAUAAAUUCUGUGUUUUGUGCGUGCAUUCCCUGCGUUUAUUUGCCUCUUGUGGGUUGUGUGGGAUGCACAUUCUCAAGCAGCGCGAUGUAGGGCGC